UCGUAAACAUUAACGGUCCAGUGUUACUCCAGCUUCCAGAUAUAUCCCGGCGCGGCGUCACCACAUCGAGGCGCGUGCACCACUCGCCCACACGUUCGUUAUUCUAUCGGACUUCACCAAUUUACAUAUUUUCUCUAAAUCCGCCGUUAAUCUCGUGGUAAUCCCGUUUUGUGACUGUUGUGGUUGUUCUGUGUCAGAAGUUGAAUUGAUGACUGUUGUUUUUUAAUAUUUAUAACGUGGCUUCAGUGGUAUUUGUGUCAUUCUUUCAAUUAUAAAGAUGUGCUAUGCGUCGCCCUCAUGUGGCCCUAGCUGAGAUUGUUCAUUGAGAGUUCCAGUGGUAUUUUCCAUUUUAUUUGCGAUCUCUGUCGACAAUAUGUCGCGCAGGGAGCUACGCAUUGAGCGGGUGGAGUACCCUCCGCCUCCCCCCAGUAAGUGUGCUAAGUUCCUGUACUACACGUGGAAGCUCUGCUCCGUGGUGUUCUCUCACUUCGUGAUGAUCAGCCUAGUUGUUGCAUACUGCAUCCUAGGCGCCGUCACCUUUGAGAGACUGGAGUCGCAACAUGAGAAGGAGGUGAAGAUGAACAUAUCUCAGAUCCGCAGCAACACAACGCACAGCAUCUGGCGUAUGACCAACAGCGUGACGUACCUAAACCAGCUUAACUGGACCUCUGAUGUCGUUGAUAUGUUAAAGGAUUUCGAGAACGCGAUAUUGCUGGAGAUGAAAGUGCGCGGCUGGGAUGGCAACGAAAGUACCGACCACAUCCAGUGGACCUUUACUGGAGCGCUCUUCUACUCUAUCAUUGUCAUCACCACCAUCGGGUACGGGCACAUUGCGCCCAAGACGCACUCGGGCAAGGUGGCUACCAUCUUCUACGCGAUCCUGGGCAUCCCACUGAUGCUGCUAUGUCUCUCCAACAUCGGCGACGUCAUGGCCUCCUCAUUCAGGUUCCUGUACUGGCGAGUAUGCUGCUACAUUAUAGAAGGGUUUUGUGAAGAGUGA